GGUAUACACUUCCAACUUGCUACCUUGCAACGAUCAUCUCUCGCAUUUUCCAGUGCGGAGAGGUUCUGUUGAUUGACUCCGAGUUGGAACGAUCUUAAGUCCUAUGGAACAGUCUUCUACCUUUGUUUAGCAAUCAAGAUUCCAUUUAAACCUUCUAGCUCUUGCUAUUCCACGGUAAGCCAUCCCUUCUUUUGAUCUUCGCAUGUAUGAGAUACCGCACCGACCGAUCUUGAAACUUCUUAAGCCUCCAAGUUUAUUGAACUCUGCAGUCGCUGAUACAUAAUUGGCGCAGAAAAAUACUAGCAAAAUUCAUAUAACCCAUUCUCGUCAUGGCUUUCCGGGGCACAAGAAAGCAGAGGGAAGACUUCACUUCAACGAAUGGCCAAUUGUCAAGUUCCUCACGCAUCAAAAUCCCAGUAGGUCCCCGGGCAGUCAAGAAGGAACCAUCACAUAGACCGGCCACUGGAAAUCUACAAGGCUCAGUAGAAUCUCAAGAUCAAUCCGAACAACCCGACUCUGGUCCGGCUCGCCAUUUUGACAACAGAUACUCACCCAAUUCCUACUACCUCGCCGAUAACAACUGUAGAAGCGAAUCUGCUACUAUCAAUAUGGAGAACGGCGAUGGUAUCAAGAGAAUAGGCGAACUUGCCCAGAGACUUAUCGACCAUAUCAAUGAGAUGCGAAAAUUUAAUCUUGAGCAUGUUGCCAGCCUUCCAAAGCUCAUACUUAUUGGAGAUCAGAGUGCUGGAAAGUCAUCAUUGAUGUGUGCUUUGGCAGGAAUACAUGUACCUCGCGACAAAGGCUGUUGCACUAGAUGUCCUGCCAACAUAAUUACAACACCAUCGGCAGAUUGGUCAUGCACCAUCUCACUCGUACAGGAUUAUAGGUAUGCCGCGCAAAUGGGACGGCCAGUGACAAUUAAGGACAUAAAUACAACCCAACCAUUUCCACCUUGGAUUAAGCAAGAUCAGGUCCAAACUGAGUUUGCUAGACUCACAGAUAAGUCACAACUGGCGGAAUACAUGAGAUGGGCUCAAAUUGCUCUACUCAACCAUGACCGGGAUUACAAGCAGUUUAUACCUGGCACCGGAGAAAGAGCUCUAGCAGGCAACACUGAUAUAGAAGCGAAGAUCACACCGAAUGUUGUUGAAGUCAAGAUUUAUGGACCUCAACUUCCUGCUCUUUCAUUCUUCGAUUUGCCUGGUAUUAUUUCCAAUAUGCCAAAUCCAGAAGAGAAAUACUUGGUGGAUGUUUUUGAAAACCUUGCAAUAGAGUACAUUAAGCAAGAAAAUACUUUGAUCAUAUUUGCCAUGAGCAUGACUGUCGACCCGGUCUUAUCUAGAGCCAAAAGGGUUAUCGAAGAUUUGAACGCCACAGGCCGCUGUGUGGGAGUAUUAACAAAACCAGACACUCUCUCAGACAGGACAGGCAACACAGAUUUCGAGAACAUUCUAAGUGGAAAGGAACAUCGACUGGGACAUGGCUGGCUGGUUACCAAACAACCUGGCCCAGAAUUUGACGCAGGGGAAUCGGAUUAUCAUAAAACAGCUCGCCAAGAAGAGGAAAAAUUCUUUGCAGAUGAUAAACUGUGGAAUGGUCCAUGGUCUAAUUUUCGGAACAGAUGUGGUACUAAUCGAAUUCAAAAUGUACUUUCUGAACUCCUCGUGACUUCGAUUAAGAAAGACAUUCCUAAAAUACAAAAGAAACUUAGCGCGCAUAGAGCUAAGAUCGAUGAAAAUCUCCGGAAGCUUCCAGAGUUGCCGAGCCAAAACGUCCAACUUGAGGUUCAGAGAUUAUUGCAUAAUUUCAGCCAAGAAGUAAAGAGACUUAUGACCAGUGAACAUACCGAGACCAGUUUCCAUGGGGAUUGGACUAAGCUUUCGUGCCAAUUCCACGAUUUAUUGAUACAUAUUAAGCCAUUGAUCGGUUGCUCGCAUAAAUCGGACACACAAAAGAUCCCUGUCAUUAAUCUUGACAAGAGUGAUGAUGAUGAAGAAACUACAUUUGUUGAUGUACCUGAUACAUCUGGUAGGAGGCGCAGAUUCCAAGAUAUAAGUAGUGAUGUUGUCCCCCAGCCAACAUUUAAAGCAGAAAACUCGACCCCUGAAACAUCCAGACCAAGACCGAUACUCAAUGCCAGAGGUCCAUCAAACCCUUUCCGAGGAACCGUCUUCGAGAAAUACACGGAGCUUGGUCGAAACUUUGCGAACAUUGGCGAAAUUCAAAACAGAAUGCAGAAUAGUAGCUAUGGCCUACCAGAUGUAGUGGAUCCUAGGAUUCACCGAUUCUAUUGUCAGAAAGCUGUGAGCAGGUGGAAAGGGCCCUACCAAGCAGUCCUUCAUGCUGCUAUGAGUUUACUACGUUCAUCUGUGCAAAGUAUUCUCGAGAAGCAUCUAGGUAUUUAUCGACAGACAUUCCUAUUCAAGAAGUCGACAGAAACCAUUCGUGAAUGGCUUGACAAGCUUUGUGCACAGCAGCUCCAAACACUUGAAGAUAUAUACCAAACGGAAAGUUUCGCUCCAUUCACUUUGAAUGAAAAGGGUAUUAACGAGAACAAGAAGGCUGAGCUAGAGAAGUUGCAACAAUCUCGUCACAAGAACCGUGCCAGUUGUUUUGUUGACAAACAAUUAGCCACAAAUCCCAAGAAGAUUAAAGCGGAAAAAUUUACUCCCGAAUAUCACAACGCGAGAAAGGUCCUCGUAAGUCAGGUCACCCCGGAACAAUUGGGUAGAGAUGAAUUUGCCGUUCAAAUCGAUGUCGCAGCUUAUGUUCGAGGAUAUUACAUUGUUGCAGCGAAUAGAUUUGCGGAUAGUGUGUGUCUCAGCCUAAAAAACCGUCUAUUUCGCCAUGUCCAUGAAGAAGUCGAGAACUAUAUUGAAACUCAAUUGGCUACCAAUCAUCCUGAUAAUGGCAUUAGCAACAGUCAAAAUCUAAUGCAGGAAGACAACGAUGUGGCCGAGAAUCGUCGCAAGCUAUACAAAGAUAAGAAGAAUCUUACAGAUUUUGAAGAGCGAUUCAUGGAACUUGUUGCGGACUGCAAUAGCCCUGAAGUUGAUGGGUACAAUGAUCCAUGUCUUGUAUCCCCAGAAGAAGCUAAUCGUUCAGAAACCCCAGAAAAUGAGCAGCUCAGAUAUCGCGGACAAAGCCCUGUUGAGGAAAUGUUAAACCGACGCCGUGGCGUGUACAACUAUGAUAAUGAGAUGCGACAAGCUCAGAAUAGAGGCACAAACUAUGUCAAUGGUUCACCAGAGAUUGAUGAAGUUUGAAUAUGUGGAGGUCUAACCUGUUACUUGUCUACAACUUUUCCAUUUUGAGACCUCGAUCUUCUGCCGUAUGCUGUCAAUACCUCACUUCACUUCGUUUACCAACUAUUCAGUUUCAUAUCUACUUUCCACUUGCGGCCUGCGCUGUCUGUUCUAGUACUUUUGCUUAUUCGACAACUUCUUCGUCAUCCCAAGAUAGACGGAGAUGAUCUAGCAACCGAUCAGCUAACUAAUUACUGACUGCACGACUUUCUUCUUCGCCACAACUUUCCUAGCUUUUUCUUUUACAGCUACCUGGUCUCCAGUCCGUACAAUCUCUCAUCAACAAACUUGGAAGGAGGCACAAUUCCAGUUCACCACACCUUACUUUACGACAUCCACCACUUGUAGUCUUUCUCGUCAGAAGGACUAGAUCGAUGUAUUGGUCUCAAUUCAAUCGCUCGCACAUGUACCACUACAUCUGUCAAUACUAACUCCCAAAAUGCGCUUCCUAAAUACACAUGUUUUUUCUUUCUCAUUUUUGUAACGUUCUAUUUGUACCUUUUAACGCUACUUCCGUGAAGAAUGAAAGAAGUGCGCGAAGUGGUGGAAAAUUGAGGAAUUCUAUGUACUUGAUUUUAAUAAUGAACGGAAGGGAAGGGAUGGAGAUGGAGAUGGAGAUGGAGGAUAAAUUGCAAAAAUAAAUGUACCUGUCUGUCCCUAAACGAUAGAGCAGAUGAAAUGGCUGGAAUGGAGAAACGAGGGGAAAAAUUUGCGGAAAUAAAUGUACCUUAUUUCAUCUUACUUGAGUUUCGUCUGUCUCUAAAUUGAAAGAAUGGAAGAAUGGAAGAAAGAAUGAAUGAAUGAAUGAAUGAAUAAUUGAAUGAUUAGAUAC